AUGUCACUCGUUGACCUUCCUAAUGAGAUCCUGGAUGCUGUAUGGUUCUAUCUGGGUCUUCCUGACUGGUGUGCUCUCCGCCUGUCAUGUCGGGUGCUAUAUUCGAAAUCGCUGGCGACGUUUGUGAGCCGUCAUGUCAAGCGCAUCAGUGUCCUCAUAACAUCUGACGGGCUUCGAGAACUCGAAGCCAUCGCCACCCACGAGGUAUUUCGAGCGCACGUGCAGGAGCUCUGGCUGGUUCCCGAGGUGUUUCGAGGCCACUACGAUGUUGACUACGAUACUUUCGUGCAGGCCAAGCUCAUGGCUGCGGGGUACUUCGACCAGCCCCCAGUGGCGCACGGCACACACAGUUCUAUCACUGAGCUGGUACGAUGGGCGAUCGACAACCUGCGAAGCGACUACGAAACGUAUCAAUCCGCGGUGAAAGCCCACCUCAAACUCAUCCAAGCCGACUCACUCCCUCACACGCUCGCGACCUGCAUGAAGCAACUCACGAAUCUCUCCACCGUCGGCCUAGAAACCUACCCUCCCUCCGCAGCGGGACACAAACACCCGCCCUGUCUUGGCCGUAUGGCCUUACGCCGCAGACUCAAUCACCACCCAUUUGCUAACCCACACAUCCCUCACAACUGGGAAAGAAGCCCAGACUACCUAUGGAGUGAAGAGAAUCGCAGCAUCCGGGCGCCCGUCUUCUCCGCCCUGCUGCAAGCCAUCCCGACCUCCACCGCGCAGAUCCAACAACUGCGCACCUGCAGCGAAGGCGAGCACUGCGGGAUUCCCCCCGAACAACUCACCUUAACGGACACCCACUACACAACCCUCCAACCCCAUCUCCAAGCCCUUCAAACACUCGAUCUAUGCCUCCAAUACGCAGACCCCCACUCCGACACGACCGAGUCCCCGCUCCUGCGCCUCCUUCUCGCCGCCGCCCCGACCCUUACCACCCUCAAAGUCUCCCAAUGGAGCACGAAAGACGAGCUGCCCGCCGACCACUUCACACAAUUAUCGCACCACAUCCACUUCACGCGCCUGUGCACACUCUCCCUCCACUGGAUUGAAGUCACGCAGCCCAGUUUCCGGGCCUUCCUCCGCACCGCCGCGCCGACCCUGCAGACCCUCUCGCUCGUGAGCGUCAGCCUCAUCGACCGCAUCGACCUCCCCACCCGCUCGAACCCCUUCUACGACGCCGUCAACGAUCUCUGGCGCCAGUUCUGCGACGGCAUCCGCGACGACCUCCCCGGGCUGCGAUCGCUGGAGAUGAAGGACAUGGCAUACCGCGGACACGUGCUGCGCAUCGAGGAUGGAAUGCGUGCAGUCAGCGGGAAGAAGCUGUCCCGUCGGGUCAGUGCAGCGGUGGCUUUGGCAUACGACGCGACGCAGGCGGAGGUGGGGUUGGCGGCGUGGCUCAACCAGCUGCAGCUACCGGAGCACCGGUCGGCGAGACUGGGGCAGCCCUUGCCUGGUCGGUUUAGUAGUAUGGCUGCAUGUUCGGAUCUGCUGCGCUUAUGGGGAUCAAAGACGAAGAAAUGA